AUGGGUAUCGAUUUGAUUGCUGGGGGUAAAAGCAAGAAGACGAAGCGUACUGCGCCUAAAUCCGACGAUGUCUAUCUCAAGCUCCUUGUCAAGCUUUACCGAUUUCUGGUGAGGAGAACGCAAAGCAAGUUCAAUGCUGUGAUUCUGAAGCGUUUGUUUAUGAGCAAAGUGAACAAAGCUCCAUUGUCUCUCUCUCGUUUGGUCCGUUACAUGGAUGGGAAGGAUGGGAAGAUUGCUGUUCUUGUCGGCACUGUGACUGAUGAUGUAAGAAUCCAGGAUGUUCCUGCUCUUAAAGUUACUGCUUUGAGGUUCACUGAGAGAGCUAGAGCUAGGAUUGAGAAGGCUGGUGGAGAGUGCCUCACUUUUGAUCAGCUCGCUCUCCGUGCCCCGCUUGGUCAGAACACGAUUCUACUUAGAGGCCUUAAGAACUCGCGUGAAGCAGUGAAGCACUUUGGACCAGCUCCUGGUGUGCCAGGCAGCCACACCAAACCUUAUGUGCGUGGGAAGAGUAGAAAGAUUGAGAAAGCCAGAGGAAGAAGAAAGAGCAGAGGCUUCAAGGUCUAA